AUGACCUCGAUGACGUCUGCAUCGGUGCUCAAGAUGCAAUCUGACGCGAGAGUACAGAACGUCGCCUCCCAGCCGCCAGCCCCUUACCUGCGCACACCCACCGAGAGGCAACUGAGCUGGCACCGGCUCGAGUACUACGCUUUUGCGCACUUUGGCCCAAACACCUUCACCGGCGAGGAGUGGGGGAGAAGCCAGCAGCCGCCGGAUGUUUUCGCCCCGACGUCGCUCGACACGGACCAGUGGGCCGAGACGUUCAAGCGCGCCGGCAUGGCCGGCAUGAUCCUGACCGCCAAGCACCACGACGGCAUGGCGCUGUGGAACACGUCGUCGACCGCUUACAAGAUCGCCAAUGGCAAGUGGGCCAAGGACCGCGGGGCAAAGGGGCUGGACGCCGACGUGGUGCGCAUGGCAGCCUCGUCGGCGAAAAGGCACGGCCUCAAGUUCGGCGUCUACCUCUCCCCCUGGGACAUGCACCGCGACCCGGCCAUGCCCAAGCCCGCGCUGACGGGGACCAUCUUUGAAGAGCCGCAGAUCUUUGGUGACGCCAGCCCCGGCGACUACAACGAGCUGUACGUGCAGCAGCUGACGGAGCUCGUCGACAUGAAACUGGAGGACGGCUCGAGCGUCGAGCUGUUCGAGGUCUGGCUGGACGGAGCUAGCGGAUCCGCAACGGUACAGACCUUCGACUGGACGAGGUACCGGGACGUGAUCCGGAAGCACCAGCCGGGCGCCACCAUGUGGGGCCACCAGGGCCCAGACGCCCGCUGGGUCGGCAACGAGGACGGCCGCUCCGUCCCGACCAACUGGCACACCAUCAGCCGGACGCAGGACCAGGAGCGCUACGGCGAGCGGGAGCUCGAGGUCGGCGUGCGCGACGGCCUGUACUGGACGCCGGCGGAGGCGGACGCGCGGAUACGUACCGGUUGGUUUUGGCACGCAGAGGAGAAGCCCAAAACCGCAAAGGAGCUGAUGGAUAUGUACAUGGCCUCGGUCGGGCGGAGCGUCAACCUGCUGCUCAACGUAGGGCCCGACAAUACAGGGCGCAUCCCGCAGGCAGAUGUCGAUGCCCUGAUGCAGUUCAAGGGGCUGCGGGAUGGGUUCUUGGGCAAGAAGCUCCUCCGGCCGGAGCUUGGUGUGAGCGCGAGCAGUGUCCGGGCCGGGAACAAUGCGCAGUUUGGCCCGGGUAACGUCCUGGACGAGAACCGGGACACUUACUGGACCAUGGAGGAUGGCCAGACUACCGGAUCGGUCGAGGUUGAUAUGGGUGGCACAGCAACCAUCGAGGCUGUCGCAGUCCAGGAGCACAUCCCCUUGGGUCAACGUGUCGGCGGGUAUGCGUUUGAGGUUUUGGCCGACGGUGCCUGGAAGGAGGUUGUGAGCGGCACCUCGGUUGGCUACGGGCGGAUCGACCGGCUGAACACGACGGUGACCGGGACACGACUGCGGCUCCGUGUCACGCAGGCGAACGCCGUCCCUCUGAUACAGGGAAUCCAGGCCUUCGGAACAAGAGUAUCGUAG